UCAGGCUGAUGUUGAACACCAGGACUUGAUGACCCUAAGCAAAGCUCCAAUUAGUUCUGUCAUCAGCUACUUCAUGCUAACAUCCGGCCAAGUGAUCCCUCUUCCUCCUGCUCCCAAGUACUUGCAAGAAGAUGAUUUAACCCUAGAAUGCCGGCAACUUCUGCCUUCACUUCCUCGGGAACCCGGCUGGAUUGCGUCGAGCCUCUAUCAAUACCAGGGCUUCUGGUACGCGUCCCGUCAGCUGCAAGAAGUCCUGGAAUGCCAACAACACUUCCAAGCUCGCGACUCGGACGUUCUCCUUGUCACCACUCCCAAAUCCGGCACCACUUGGCUUAAGGCUAUCGUGUUCGCUAUAGUGAACCGGGAGGCUUUCCCUCCUGCAGCCGCCGAGCACCACCCCUUGCUCGUAAACAAUCCUCAUGACCUCGUACCCUUCUUGGAACGGAAGUUCUACGUCGACAAAAAUGUCCCGGAUCUCGCCUCAUUGGCGUCUCCGAGGCUGCUUUCGACCCAUUUGCCAAACUCAUCUCUUCCAGAAUCUGUCAAGAGCUCGGCUUGCAAGCUUGUAUAUCUAUGCAGGAACCCUAUGGACACUUUUGUUUCGCUUUGGCACUUCACAAACGAGCUAAGGCCCAAGAAUCUUGGGGACCAUUCGCUUGAAGACAGCUUUGAUAGGUUUUGCAGGGGAGCGAGCCUUUGUGGACCCUUUUGGGACCAUGUACUAGGUUAUUGGGAGGAAAGCUUGGAAAAGCCCCAGAAAGUGCUUGUUUUGACGUACGAGGAGAUGAAAGAAAAUCCCAACCUUUACGUGAGGAAACUGGCUGAGUUUCUGGGCUGCCCAUUUUCCCAGGAAGAAGACGCAUCGGGGCUAGUAGAUGAGGUUGUGAAACUCUGUAGUUUUGGCAACUUGAGUAAUCUGGAGGUGAACAAGAACGGGAAGUUGUCGUCUGGGGUGGAGAAUAGAGUGUUUUUCCGACGGGGAGAGGUGGGCGACUGGAAGAAUUUAUUGACGGCGGAGAUGUUAGACACGAUGGAGAAGAUCAGCGAGGAGAAGUUGGGGAAAUCGGGGAUGAAAUUCCGUGUUUCUUAAUUAGGACAUAGUCUAUGGUACUAUAUAACGUAAAAUAAUGUUAAAUAAUGAAUAAUAUUAAAAAUUAUGACUAAUCUUAUUAAGUCAUGUUCACAU